CUCUGAUCACUUAAACUGAAUCUAUAACCCAGUUAGGUUAUAAAUAAUAUCAACUAAUUUGUUUCUUCAAGGGAACAUUUAGGACUAAAAACUUUGUGCCUCUAAUAAAUAAACAAUAUUUUUGUACACAUUUAAAUAAUGUCCAUGGAAUAAACAUGCAGUUGGAAUUGACUUUACAGUUAAAUGGGGGGUCACUUGCUGCAAAAGUCUCAAAACUAAGGGUCAGGCUAUGCAACAAGGCCCACUAUAACCUUUGUAGUGCACUUCAUUACCAGUAGGAAGCUGUUUAGAAUAGAACCCCAGGACGCCCCAUACAGGAGCAGGAGGAGGAGGAGGGGGAUAGGAUUGGCUGUGAUUCACACAUGAUGCUUAUGCAAAAAUAAUGCGGGAAUAUUUUUAUAUAUCCACUUCAUGAUGUUGAGAAUGUUUUAUUAUUAUUAUAAUUAUUUGAAGGGAUAAUCUGUCGAUGCUUUCUUUCUAACACACUAUCAAUUGGUUAAUUCACUGAUUUCAUACUGAAACGUUAGGUUUAUAUCUACAGCUAAGGAAUGUGGUAUGAAACGUCACAUGGAGUAACUUGUUUUCCUUUCAUACACGAGGACAAAAGCAGGAACAGUGCUUAUUAAAGUCCAGUAAAAGAUAAAACCAGUGUGGGUCGGAGCGCCCACCCGGGUUUGGUUACGGGAGUGUUACUUUGUGGAGUCUGUGGAAAGGGGAGAGGGAUUGAGGGAAGUUUUUAACCCAGGGAUUCAGACGCCAUUAUAAACCCAAGGACUGCCCUCUUCUUUAUCCGCACCGACCACCACAAAUCUCUCAUGGAAAAUGCAUCCAGAUUUCACACACUUCUGGUAACUUCUGCAGGAAAGAAGAGUCCAAAUCUAGCGUCUGCCAUGUUCUCACAGGACGGUGAUAGCCUGGAGCAUCUCACUCGAGGUGCAUAACAAGGUUCCAUGAUGAACAGCAGCAAGAAUGGCACAUCGCUGGAGGGUUUGGGUGCCAGUGGGGCUGUGGUGCUCGAGUCAGCUUCAAUCAUAGUUAUUGCUUUGCUCAUCUGCUUAGGAAAUCUGCUUAUUGUUGUGACACUUUAUAAAAAGCCUUACCUCCUGACACCCAGCAACAAGUUUGUCUUUAGCCUGACCUUUUCCAACCUGCUUCUGUCAGUGCUCACCCUCCCUUUUGUGGUAGCUAGCUCCUUGCAGCGAGAAUGGAUGUUUGGGGUGGUGUGGUGCAACUUCACAGCCUUGCUUUAUCUUCUCGUUAGCUCUGCUAGCAUGCUCACACUAGGAGCCAUUGCCAUUGACAGGUAUUAUGCUGUAUUGUACCCUAUGAUCUACCCCAUGAAGAUCACAGGAAAUCGGGCCACAGUGGCCAUUGUUUACAUUUGGCUUCACUCUUUAGUGGGCUGCCUGCCACCGCUCUUUGGUUGGUCAGCGUUUGAAUUUGAUAACUUCAAAUGGACCUGCACAGCAGCCUGGCACAAGGAAGUUGGCUAUACAUCUUUCUGGGUCACUUGGUGCUGCUUGAUUCCCCUGGCAGCUAUGCUAGUGUGCUACAGUGUUAUUUUCCGUGUAGCUCGUAUCAAAGCACGCAAAGUGUAUUGUGGGACUGUGGUGGUUGCUCAGGAGGAGUCUGGCAUGCAGAAGAAUGGUCGCAAGAACUCCAACACCUCCACCUCUUCUAGCAGCAGCCGCAAGAGCCUCAUUUACUCAGGCAACCAGUGCAAAGCUUUCAUCACCAUCCUGGUGGUGAUGGGGACGUUCUUGGCCACCUGGGGGCCCUAUGUGGUGGUGAUUGGUACUGAAGCAUUGUGGGGAAAAGGUAGUGUUUCUCCACAGCUGGAGACUCUAGCAUCCUGGUUGUCUUUCACCAGUGCCGCAUGCCACCCAUUAAUCUAUGGACUGUGGAACAAAACAGUGCGCAAGGAGUUGCUGGGCAUGUGCUUUGGGGACCGCUACUACAGAGAGUCAUUCGUCACACGUCACCGGACGUCAAGACUCUUCAGCAUCUCAAACCGGAUCACUGACUUGGGGAUGUCCCCACACCUGACAGCCAUGCUAGUUGGAGGAGGGCAGCUUGUAGGGCCUGGCAGUAGCACUGGUGAUACUGGGUUCAGUUAUACUCAAGACUCUGCUACAGACAUCAUGCUGCUGGAUAACUACUCAUCUGACACCUCUAAUUUCACACACUACAAUGGCUUUAAAAGAAGAAGCUCUGUCACAUUUGAGGACCAAGUGGAACAACCUCGUAAAAGUGACAUUCCAACAGUCCAAGUUACUGCCGAUGUCCACAAGUCCCUUGACAGCUUUGCAUCCUGUCUGGCAAAGGCCAUAGAGAAUGAUGCUAAGCUGCAGCUGUUUGGGGAGAGCACACCAAUUCCUAGCAGCUUAUUGACAGCACGCAGCACACAGAGAGGACCACGGUAUCUAGAUGGACAGAGACUUAGGAUGGAGAGCAUCGAUGAAGGAAUAGUCAAAGAUGAUGAAGUUGAAGAAAAUAUCCACGAUGAAUCUGUCUGAUUGUGUAUACACCGCACUUUACGUACUGUAUAGAGCUGGCACACUGUGCACUACCCUGUCUUAUUUGGUACUGAGUCUUCUUGUGGUACACAUUUAUCCAUUUAAAAAUGUUGCUUAGUGUUUAUGUAAUUGAUAAACAUAGGAAGCAUGGGUUUUUAAAGAGGUUAAGAAAGUAAAUUGAGAACUGUGCAAAGAAUGUAUCUUACUUGUAGCAAAGUGAGGAGAUGUUUGGUCAUAUUACAUUCAGUUAACUAAGCUGUGUUUGUGUACAGGUGGCACUGAAAAUAGGUACAGCUUAGGCAUUUGUGAUCAGUACUUUGACCACGUGCCUUACUUUUUUCCCCCCUUUUGCAAGGAAGCCAUAACCACUAUACUGAGUAACUGUGGGUAAUAAUUAGUGCUAACAGGGGCCUUGUAACUUAUGUUUAGUAUAAAUAUUAUGCCGUACAUGUUUUCCUUUGUAUAAUUGACCUUGUAUGCAGAUGGUAGGCCUUAAAACAAAUUAAUCUAUGUAUGUCCCUGUUUUAUGCAGAGAAAAGUACCCUAGUGACACUAUGGCAUAAUGUUUCUAAUGUAAAAACAGUUAAUGUGGUGCAUUAUAAUCAGUAUUAUGAGCAGUAUUUUAUAUUCUACUAUUCAUUCUCAACCCAUGAGGCUUAUCUCUCUGUAUGCCUCCUGUGAUAUGAUGCCUUUUGUUGAAACAUUGCAUGUGACUCAGUAGUAUUGAAAUACAAGAAAAGCAGUGUUAAUAAGUGUCUUAUUGGUACAGAUGCACUUGAAAAUGGUAUGCAUUGUCUUGAGAUCAGCUAUACUUUUCUUUUGCUACUAUUAGAAUAAGAAAAAUGUGAUCACUGAUCUCUAAAUUGUCCAACUGAACAAAGAAUAGUUUCAUCCGAGAAUUCCUGUGGAAUGUUUUAUACCAAAGUCAAUAAUAAUUGUGCUGUAUAUUGUAAUGAAGAAAAAAAAAUGCUAUAAAAAUGCCAUAAAACACAUACUA